AUGCUGCCCCGCCGUCGCUCGACCUCCUGCUACCGCGGCGUCCGUGCGCGGCCGAACGACACAUUCUACGCCGAGAUCCGCUCCGGCGACGAGCGCAUCGGCCUCGGCACGUUUGAGACGGCGCACGAGGCGACGCGCGCCUACGACGCGGUCGCCUGGCGCCUCGGCCGCUCCCGUCGCACCAUGAACUUCCACGACGUGUGGACGCGGGAGCAGGCGGAAGUGCUCGCGCCGCCGCCUCCAGCCGUCACGCGCGAGCAGCAGCAACGCCGGCGCGAUCUCGAGCAGCGGCUCGUCAUCGCGGAGCGCGACGAGCGCCUCCGCCUCGAGUGGGCGCAUCAGUUCCCGAAGGACGUCGUCGCGAUGGAGGCCUUCUACGCGAAGAAGGAGGAGGAGAAGGCGGCGGCAGCGAAGAAGAAGGCGGACCGCGACGAGAAGCGGGCGAAGUCGGCGGCGAGGAAGAAGGAGAGGGCGGAGAAGGCCGCGAGGAAGGCGGAGGAGAAGAAAAACGGCGCCGGCCCGUCGACGAUCAUCCUCUCCUCCUCCUCCUCCUCCUCCUUCGAGUGGACAUCCACUCCGGUGUCGGACACCACUUGCUCGUCGGAUUUUGACUGGGACUCCGAGUAG